UCCACCAGAUCAAGGUAUGAAGUUGUGUGUGUUUCGAAAAAUUGUUCUUGGUUACUAAGAGCAAAAGCAAUUAAAAAUACUGAUGGACUUUUCCAAGUGAAUAAAUUUGUUGAUGUACACACAUGUUCUUCAACAUUGUUGCAACCUAAUCAUCGACAAGCAAACAAAUAUGUUUUGGGUGAAUAUGUUGCUGAUGUUUUGGCUGAAGACUAUAGUAGAGUUUAUCGGGGAAAAGAAAUUGUUAAUGAUAUGAAUGCUCAAUUGAAUAUCAAUAUCUCAUACCAUCAGGCAUGGCGUGCGAAGCAAUAUGCAUUGUUGUCGUUAAGGGGUACGAAAGAGGAUUCUUUUACCAAACUUCCGGCGUAUUGUCACAACUUGGCCAAACAUAAUCCGGGUACUGUCACACAUAUUAAAACAGAUGCUGAUGAUCGGUUUGAGUUUUUGUACGUCGCACUCGGUUGCUCGGUACGAGCUUUUGUCAAUUUUUGUAAGCCGACCCUAGUAGUAGAUGGAGCUCACCUAAAGGGCGAGUUCAAAGGUACCAUGCUACUUGCAGUUACUAAGGACGGACAAAAUCAAAUAUUACCGGUUGCAUAUGGUAUAUGCAAAAAUGAGUGUACUGAUUCUUGGACAUGGUUUUUUCAAAAACUACGUGAUUGCAUAGGAAAUAUGUAGGAGCUUACAAUUAUAUCUGAUAGGUCUCCAUCUAUAGCAACAUCCGUUGCCAACAUUUUUCCUCACGCUCAUCAUGGAAUAUGUGGUGUCCAUUUGUAUUUCAACAUAGUAUCUAGA